CCCAUCUGAUGUUCUGAGGUCGCUACACUUUGUGAUCGAUAGAGGGUGCUCUAUAUUUAUUUCAGGUGGGCGACCGACGAAGAAGCUGUACUUACCAAUCAAAGACCAAGGACAAGAGCCACUUCCUGUUUGUAGCUUCUGAUAUGCGCGUGUGGACGACAGUGCUUGUGAUCAGAGACGGUUCAUGAAGUUAUAGAGCAUCGAUGCAGUGAUAUUGUGUUAUAUUAGUUUAAAUCAUGAAUAUUCUCAAUCGCUCUAAGAAACUGGUAUCGUCGGUGUUAAGAAGUAGCGUUUUAAUGCAGAAAACAUUUGUUUUGAGAAACGCCUGUUCUGUUCCCAAAGCUCGUUGUCUCAAUCCGUGUUUGCCUCAAAGUUUUACGGCACGUUUAUCCUCAUGUCGGCACAGGUAUCAUGUAACGUCAUCCACCCAACACCUAGAAACACAAAGGCUGUACUCAGAGAUGCGCGGUGACAACAGCAAUUCAAAGAGGAGCACUGGCAUGUCUCAGGAGGAAGGGCUGGACAGGGACAACAGAGCCCCUGAGACUUUCACUCUUGACGUGUUGGUGUCUCUACUGCGUCAGGAAAAUGCGGUGGACGUCUGUGUGAUUAAAGUACCAGAGCAGAUCAAAUAUACAGAGUACUUCAUCGUUGUCAGCGGUGUAUCAACGAGACACCUCCGCGCAAUGGCACUUUAUGCCAUCAAAGUGUACAAGUUUCUGAAGAAAAAUGGAGCUCCGAAUCUCAAGAUUGAAGGGAAAGAUGCAGAGGAUUGGAUGUGUAUUGACUUUGGGAAUAUGGUUGUUCACUUCAUGCUACCAGAGACCAGAGAUGUGUAUGAACUGGAGAAACUCUGGACUCUCCGCACGUAUGAUGAGCAGCUGAAGAACAUGCCCACUGAGACGCUACCAGAAGACUUCAUAUAUGAUGUUGAAGUCACAAAGUGACAAAUCAUCUGAGCUGUGUGCACAGAAUUAACUACUUCUUUGUGACUUUGUAUGCAUCCUCACCUAUCCCUGUGAGUAGAAAUAAAAGGUGUUUUUUUUUGUCACUUAAAUUAUAAAAAAGCAAAUAUUUUGUGUUUGAAAUUGAAAGGGAUUGAACAGCAAUACCAUAGGAAUCACUGCCCCCAUCAUAUUGAUUCAUCAUAUACACCUUUAUUCAACCAUUAGAGAGCAUCAGGUGGUAUUUGUAUAAUAACAGUGUACAGUAUAUGUUUGAUACGUUUUUGACGAUGCUGGAGAAAAUAUGUAUGUUUUAAAUUUAACAUAUUGUGGUUAAAAAAUAAAUUAUUUUAAACCGUUCUAGAUAUCCUCUAAAUAUUUUCUUCUUGUGACUGGGUUUUUUCUCAGAAACAUUUACUGCAACUGCAAUAGUGAAUUUGAAAUGUUUAUUAAACUAUAAGUACUCAUCGCUGGUCCUUUUUCUCUUGUUUCGUUAAAAUUGACCUAAAAAAUGCAGUGGCGAUAGAGAAUAAAGCAUGACCAUGAAUAAAAUAUUCAAGAA